AUGUCCUUCCCGCAGCUCGGCUACCCGCAGUACCUGAGCGCCGCCGGGCCCGGCGCCUACGGCGGCGAGCGCCCCGGGGUGCUGGCCGCGGCCGCCGCCGCGGCGGCCGCCGCCUCGUCGGGCCGGCCCGGGGCGGCGGAGCUGGGCGCGGGCGCGGGCGCGGCCGCCGUCAGCUCGGUGCUGGGCAUGUACGCCGCGGCCGGGCCGUACGCGGGCGCGCCCGGCUACAGCGCCUUCCUGCCCUACGCCGCCGACCUCAGCCUCUUCUCGCAGAUGGGCUCGCAGUAUGAACUGAAGGAUAACCCCGGGGCGCACCCGGCCACCUUCGCGGCCCACACGGCGCCGGCCUAUUACCCCUACGGCCAGUUCCAAUAUGGGGACCCUGGGCGACCCAAGAACGCCACGCGCGAGAGCACCAGCACACUGAAGGCCUGGCUGAAUGAGCACCGCAAGAACCCCUACCCCACCAAGGGCGAGAAGAUCAUGCUGGCCAUCAUCACCAAGAUGACCCUCACGCAGGUCUCCACCUGGUUCGCCAACGCGCGCCGGCGCCUCAAGAAGGAGAACAAGGUGACCUGGGGUGCGCGCAGCAAGGACCCGGAGGACGGCGCCCUCUUCGGCAGCGACACGGAAGGCGACCCCGAAAAGGCCGAGGACGACGAGGAGAUCGACCUGGAGAGCAUCGACAUCGACAAGAUCGACGAGCACGACGGCGACCAGAGCAACGAGGACGAGGAGGACAAGACGGAAGCGCCGCCGCGAGCGCCCGCCGCCCCCGCCCCCGCCGCGCCUGCCCGGGACCGCGGCUCCCCCCUGGCCGCCGCCGACCUGCUCGCGCCCGAAGACUCGCCCCUGGGCUUGGCCAAGGAGACCCCGGACCCGAGCAGCACACGCCUGCUGAGCCCCAGCGGAGCCGCGACCGGCGGCCUGCAGGGCGCACCGAACAGCAAACCGAAGAUCUGGUCGCUGGCCGAGACCGCCACGAGCCCCGAUGGCGCGCCCAAGGCGUCCCCGCCGCCGCCCGCAGGCCACCCCGGCACGCACGGGCCCGCCGCGGGCGCCCCGCUGCAGCACCCCGCCUUCCUGCCCAGCCACGGACUGUACACCUGCCACAUCGGCAAAUUCUCCAACUGGACCAGCGGCGCCUUCCUGGCGCAGGGGUCGCUGCUGAACAUGCGCUCCUUCCUGGGCGUCGGCGCGCCCCACGCCGCGCCCCACGGGCCACACCUGUCCGCGCCACCGCCCGCACAGCCGCCGGUCGCCGUGGCCGCAGGGGCGCUGCACGUGGACAAGGCCUCAGCCCGAGGCAGCCCCGCGCUUCCAGAGCGAGACCUCGUCCCCACGCCAGACUCGCCGGCCCAGCAGCUAAAAUCGCCCUUCCAGCCGGUACGCGACAACUCGCUGGCUCCACAGGAGGGAACGCCGCGGAUCCUAGCCGCCCUCCCGUCCGCCUGAUGCAGGGUCUCCGUUUGCUUUUGCGAGGGGUGGGGGGAGGCGUUGGGGAGGGAGGGGUGCGGGAGGAAUGGAGACAGGUAUUUCAGACUGGUGUACAGGACAAGGACGACGACGACGACUACGGCGGCGGCGGCGUGAAGGACUCAGCAUCGCUUUCUGCAGACGGGCUCCUCACCCGGCCCGCGCGCGCGGCCCGGCCUCUGCCCGCGGCUCCGGCCCGCGGCGGGCACCACGCUCCGGUAAAUGCCCUCACGUGCUUGUGUCUUCUCCUUUUUUCUUUUUCCUUUCUGUAUAUAGUGAUUUCAGAUUGUAAAUAGCGCGUCAGCGAACUUGUCUAAAUCAUAUAUUUUUGUCUAAUAAACUAAAUGAAAUG